AUGAAUGAAAACUGUUGGUUGUCGUGCAUUGUUUUAUUAUUAUCGGCGCGAUUUUGCGAGUUUAAUGAAACUUUUGCGGUGGGUGGUAAAGCGUCUAGGUGUUAUGAUGAGUUUAAUAGACCGCAGAGGUGUAUCCCUGAAUUCGAAAACGCCGCUUUCGAUAUUCUGAUAGAAUCGUCUAAUACCUGCGGCGACGAUGAGCCCAGUGAGUAUUGCUCGCAAACUGGAGCAGGAGUUGGCGGUGCAGGAAGACUUUGCGAGAUGUGCUACACCAACGAGCAUCAUUCGCGGUACAUGACGGAUUUCCAUAGUCAAGAUUACCCGACAUGGUGGCAAUCGAAGACUAUGUUUGAGGGAGUGCAGUACCCGAAUCAAGUGAAUUUGACGCUUAAAUUCGGCAAAGCUUUCGAUAUUACCUACAUACGCAUUUGGUUUUGGUCACCGAGACCGGAAAGUUUCCACAUUUCAAAGAAAACUUCGCAUGAUGGACCUUGGAUACCUUAUCAAUAUUACAGUUCUACUUGUAGAGAUACUUACGGCCUGCCUGAAUCCACUCAUACGUUACGAGGCGAUGAAACAAGAGCCCUUUGCACUUCAGAAUACUCCGACAUCUCGCCGCUCAAGGGCGGAAACGUCGCCUUCGGUACUCUGGAGGGCCGGCCCUCGGCUUAUAAUUUUGAUGAAAGUUCGGAAUUACAGGAAUGGGUAACAGCUACAGAAAUAAUGAUCACCUUAGACCGCCUGAACACGUUCGGAGACGAGGUGUUCGGGGAUCAGAAGGUCCUGAAAUCCUAUUUCUACGCCAUCGCCGACGUCGCCGUGGGUGCCAGAUGUAAAUGCAACGGACACGCUUCGGAAUGCUCGGCUGGCUCCCCCGGAUCGGCGCGGGCCUGCAAAUGCGAGCACAACACGGACGGGCCGGACUGCGAGCGAUGCUUGCCCUUCUACAACGACGCCCCCUGGGGAAGGGCCGGCGUCAAGAGCGCUCACGAAUGCAAAGAAUGCAACUGUAAUGGUUUUUCUAACAGAUGCUACUUCGAUCAGUCGCUGUACGAACAAACCGGCCACGGGGGUCACUGUUUGGACUGUUCGGCUAACAGGGAUGGCCCGAAUUGCGAAAGUUGCCGGGAAAACUACUUCAUGCGAGCGGACGGCUACUGUUUUCCCUGCGAUUGCGAUCGCACCGGAUCCAGACACCUGCAAUGCAGCGCCGAUGGAAAAUGCGAAUGCAAACCGGGAGUGACCGGCGAUAAAUGCGACAAGUGCCAAGCGAAUUUCUACGAAUUUUCCUCGUUCGGGUGCAAAAACUGCGGCUGUCACACGGCCGGCUCGAUUCAAAACCGGCCCUCUUGCGAUCCGUUUACUGGAAAUUGCUACUGCAAAGAAAACGUAGAAGGUAAACGUUGUCGAGAAUGCAAGCCCGGAUACUUCAACCUCCAAGAAAACAACCCCUUCGGUUGCACCCCGUGUUUCUGUUACGGGCAUUCGUCGAGUUGUAAAUCCGCGCCCGGUUACUCUAAAUAUUCGAUAGAAUCCUCUUUUACUAGAAGCGAUGAGCGGUGGUCGUCUGAGGACGUGUUCGGGAAUCCCGCGACCGUAAAUUACGAUCCCGUUGCUCAAAGUAUAAGCGUCCGAAGCGAAGGCGAGGAAAUCGUGUAUUUCGUAGCGCCGGGUAGAUUUCAGGGCGAUCAGCGGGCGUCUUACGGUCAAUUAUUGGAGUUUGUUUUGAGAUUGGAAGAUAACAGACCCGCUCCUUCGCCGACCGAUAUUAUAGUCGAGGGAAACGGUGCAUCGAUUACUAAUACGAUAUUCUCGCAGGAGAAUAAACUGCCAUCCACAGAGAGUCAAAAAUUCAGCUUCCGUUUGCACGAACACCCUGAUUACGGUUGGCAACCGAGACUCUCCUCCACGAAUUUCAUUUCUAUAUUAACGAAUGUAACGGCAAUAAAGAUCAAAGGCACGUACUCGCCUUUCGGAAGCAGCUAUCUCGAUGAGGUGAAAUUGGAAACGGCGCUGAGAGGAAUAGCUGGAGAACCGUCGCACUGGAUCGAAUCCUGCGAGUGUCCUUCAGGUUACGUCGGUCAAUUUUGCGAAUCCUGCGCUCCCGGUUUCCGGCACUCACUUGCUUUCAAUGAUCCUUUUCUACCGUGCAUACCAUGCGAUUGCAACAAUCACGCCACCAUUUGUGACUCUGAUACGGGAAAGUGCAUCUGCCAGCAUAACACAGAAGGGGAAAAUUGCCAGUACUGUGCGAAAGGUUACUACGGAAACGCUUUAAAAGGAACCGCAAACGAUUGUCUACCAUGUAGAUGUCCCAACGGCGGUCCGUGCAUGCAAAUCGACGAAGAAACCAUCACAUGCACCGAUUGUCCCGCAGGAUACACAGGACACCGCUGCGAGUUUUGCUCAGACGGCUACUUCGGCGAUCCCAGCGGCCUAUUAGGCACCCCGAUUCCUUGUCGACAGUGCGAUUGCAACAGAAACAUCGAUCCCAACGCCAUCGGAAACUGCAACACCACCACCGGCGAAUGCUUGAAGUGCAUCUUCAACACCGCCGGUCCUAAAUGCGAGCAUUGCUUAUCAGGAUUCUACGGGAACGCGCUGGCGCUGCCGAAAGGCGAUUGCAGGCGCUGCGAGUGCAAUUCCCUCGGCACCGAAAAAGACAUCGACGGCGAGGAGAAAUGCGACCGGGCCCUGGGGGUUUGCGAGUGCAAAAUUCACGUGGUCGGAUCGAAUUGCGAUAGAUGCGAGGACGGUUAUUUCGAUUUGAGCGGAGACGGGGGCUGUCGGAGCUGCGAUUGCGACACGGUGGGAGCUUGGAAUCGAACGUGCGACGUCUCGACUGGACAGUGCUUUUGCAGACCCGGUGUUGAAGGAUUGAGGUGCGAUCGCUGCGAAUCGAGGAAAUACGGAUUCUCUUUGGAUGGAUGCAAAGAAUGCAAUUGCGAUCCGGACGGAUCGCAGACUUUGCAGUGCGAUAACUCCGGGCGGUGUCCUUGUUACGAGAAUGUUGAAGGUGAAAGAUGCGAUAGGUGCAAGGAUAAUAAAUAUGACAGAAGGAAAGGAUGCGUCGAUUGUCCGGAUUGUUAUAAAUUAGUGGAAAUCGAGAUGAACAACCACAAUUCUAAAUUGGACGUUUUGAAAAAUGUUUUCGAAGAAAUCGAAAACGCACCUACUGUAAUUUCUGAUGAGGAAUUCUCUGCGAAUUUGCACCAAACACAAAAAGAGAUUACUUAUUUAUACACCAACGCAUCAUUGACUAUGGGAAAUAAAGGAAUUCUUGGUAAAAUAAAAUCUAUUAAAGAAGCAUCUACUAAAAUCGAACGGAAUUUAAACAACAUAAACGAAAAUAUCUACAACAUUAAUACAAAUAAUAUACUAGCAACAACCAGCAUACAACACGCCGAUGAAUUAUUAGACGAAAUUAAAGAGAAACAACAAGAAAUCAAUAACGACGUAUUAAACGAAGCGAUUAAAUCUUUAAACAACGCUCAAACCAGAGCGGACCUAGCAGGAGAACAUUCAGAAAAAAUGACAAAAAUAUCGCACGAAGCAAGAGAUAUUGCUAACAAUUUAGAAACCCAAUCCAGCCACAUCGUUAAUAUCAGCAAACAAGCAAAACUCCACUCAACAGAAGCUUACAAUACAGCGAGAAAUUCCGUCGCAGAGCAAACGAAAUUGAUCGUACUGAUAAAAAAACUACAAAACGACAUCAAGGAAACGUCCAAGCAACUGCAUUCGACCAACGAAUGGAUGAGGCACGUCAAACAAAAAACCGAAAUCAUAAAGAAAAACGCCCUAACGCUUUUCACCGAAGCCGAAAAUCUAAACAUCCCCAAAACCGACAUCCUCGAAUAUAAGCAAAAAUCCGCCGAACUACAACAAAAAGCCAUUCUACUCCGCGAAAAAUCCAACAAUUUGUUCGAAGAAAGCAAACAUCUCAAAGAAAACGUAUUCAAACAACUCCAAUACGGAAACGAAUUAACGCAAAAAGCGGCAAACCAAUACGACGAACUAAUGGAUUACAGAAACGAUUUAACCCUAUACGAAAGUCAAGCUAACGGAGUGGUUAAGCUUUGGAAUGAAAUUUGGAACAACGCUGAAAGUAACUACCAAUUAUUAAGAGAAUUCGAUUCGCAAACGAAAAAGCGGAAGAAAGAAGCCGACGCAGCUCUUCAAACCGUCACCGACAUACGAACUCGAAUCGACGAAAGCGCCGACAAAGUGCUGGAAUAUCGCGAGCAUUUGGACCAAGCUUCAGUGAACGCCGAGCUUGCGCUGCGAAAAGCUCAACAGGCCAACGCUUUGGCCAACAACGCCUCGAUUAAAGCCGAUAAUAUUAAGCACGAGUCAGAGCUGUUGUACAAAAACUCCACAGCGUUGGUGGAAGAAGCCGGUUUGAUGUUCGACAGAGUGCAGAACACCGACGGGGAACUAAAAAGUUUAGUAGAAAACACGAAGAGUAAUACAAGCUUGGUGAACGAAGCUAAAGAAAAGGUCGGAAGAGCUGAAAGAGACACCGAAGAAGUAUCCAAUAAGGUCCACAAGCUUCUUUACGAUAUAGAAAAUAUAGUGUAUGAGCUGGAACACUCGCCAACCAUAGACGAAUCUGAUGUGGAUCGAUUAGAAGAACAAAUCAAAAUAACCGAAGAAAAAAUCCAUCGGGCCAAGCUCGACGAGCGGUUGCAGGAACUGAUAGACGAGAGGAAACUCCAGGAAGAUUUGAUAGACAAAUACAGGAAGCAAAUAGCGAUAAUGCAGGGAGAAGUGGACAACAUCGAACAAAUCGUCGAUAGGCUUCCCAGUGGUUGUUACAGAAGACUGGAAUUAGAACCGUAG